AUGAGGGCGCUGCUCGCCGUGGGGGCCGACGUGGGGGCGAGGGGCGGUGCGUGGGGGUGGACCGCCCUGCAUGUUGCAGCAUCCAGGGGAGACGUCGAGGCGGCGAGGCUGCUGGUGCAAGCGGGGGUGGCUGUGGACGCCAGGAGCACCUUGCAGCAGUGGACGCCUCUGCACGUGGCUGCAGAGAGGGGCAGCGUCGCUGUGGCGCGGCUGCUGCUCGGGGCGAACGCCGACCCCAACGCCAGGGAUGGCGGUGGGUGGACGCUGCUGCACUUGGUGGCACGCUAUGGCGGUAGUGGCGGCUGUCCUGCUGGAGGCGGGGGCCGACAGGGGGGCCACAACUGGUGA